AUGGAGGGCUGCUCUAUCCAUUCUGAUAUAGGUUGCGAUGGUGAGAUGACGAUGAAGUCUCCUAACUCCAAUGAUAAUGGUUUUGUGGUUUGCGGGAAAGAUGAUUGUGAAUCACCUUUAUCGUCUCGGAACUCUGAAUUUGAAGUUGUUGAGAUAGAAAAUACUGAUGAUGAUAGUUGGGAGAUGGACACUAGAAGUUAUGAUGAAUUGCUUAAAAAGUUCAUUGAAAAUGAGGAAAAGCUAAGAGAUAACUAUUUUAAGUUUCAGUUGUCGGAACAAGAGAUUAUGAAGUUGAAGGUUCGAAUUGAAAAUAGUGAGAGUCAGCUUUAUAAUGUGCGAGAAGAAUUGAAACUUAAAGAUGAAGAGUUGCAUAAACAAAAAAAGCUAUUAGAAGAAGACAUUUUCAUUUUGAAGAUUCAAAUUGAGAAUAAGGAGAUCCAACUUGAUAAUGUGCAUGAACUAUUGGAGCUUUCACAAGAAGAGGUUUUCAAAUUAAAGGUUCAAAUUGAGAAAAGUGAGUUCCAACUUAAUAAUGUGAAGGAAGAAUGGAAUAUGAAAGAGGAGGAGAUGCAAAAACAAAUUGCUGAAUUUGAUACUCGUGUUCGAGAGCGUGGCGACGAGAUUAAAAAUUUGAUGGAACAAUUUGAGGUAGCUAAUGAAAAGCUCGAACUAUCAAAAGAUGAAAUUGAAAUGUUAAGUGAAGAACUUAACAAUAAGUCUUUUGAGACUCGUCAAUUACAAAAUCAGCUUAAAGUGGCUCAAGAAAAUGUGGCUAAAUCAGAACACUGGUUAGUUUUAAAGAGAAGUAAUAUUCAAAUGCUAAGUGACAUUCUUAAAGAGAAUGAAACCAACCAUGAUCUUGAGGUGCACCAAUUGAAGGAUAGAUUGGUUGAUUUGCAAGCAUGUUUCUCUUUGGAGAAAGAAGAGCUGCAUUCUAAAAUUAGAAGUUUGUCGGAAAAUAAAAUAGAGUUGACCUCUAAAGUAGAGGAUUGGGAGAUUAGAAAUAUCGAAUUAGAAAACAAAUUAAGGCAAUAUGAAGCUGAAAAUUUGAAACAAGAAAAGAGAGGCAAUUACACAACUAUGCUUUUCAAUUGA